GGGCUAUCCCGGUGUGACCGCGCUGUCCCGGUGUGUCCGCGCUGUCCCGGUGUGCCGGGGCCGCUCGGGGCUGUCCCGGCGCUGGCGGUGGCAGCGGCCAUGUCGGUGUUCGUGACGCGGCGGAUCCCGGCCGAGGGGCUGCGGGUGCUGUCGCAGGCGAGCGGGUGCCGCGUGCAGCAGUGGGACUCGGAGGAGCCGGUGCCGCGGGCCGAGCUGCUGGCGGGCGUGGCGGGGACGCGCGGGCUGCUCUGCCUGCUCUCGGACCGCAUCGACCGCGAGGUGCUGGACGCGGCCGGGCCCGGCCUGAAGGUCAUCAGCACGUUGUCCGUGGGCUUUGACCACCUCGCCCUGGACGAGAUCAAGAAGCGGGGGAUCCGAGUGGGCUACACCCCCGACGUGCUGACCGACGCCACCGCCGAGCUGUCCGUGGCCCUGCUGCUGUCCGCCUGCCGCCGCCUGCCCGAGGCUGCCGAGCAGGUCAAGAGUGGCGGCUGGACAACCUGGAAGCCCCUGUGGAUGUGUGGGCAUGGCCUGUCCGACAGCACCGUGGGCAUCGUCGGGCUGGGCAGGAUAGGACAGGCAGUUGCCCGGCGCCUGAAGCCGUUUGGGGUCAGGAGGUUUCUGUACACCGGCAGCGGCCCGAAGCCAGAGAGCGCGGCAGAGUUUGGGGCUGAGUUUGUCCCGCUCACCAGGCUGGCCGAGGAGUCAGACUUCGUGGUGGUCACCUGUGCCCUGACGCCAGCCACCCAGGGCAUGUGCAACAAGGACUUCUUCGGCAGGAUGAAGAAAACUUCCGUGUUCGUCAACACAAGCAGGGGGGCUGUGGUGAACCAGGAGGACCUGUACGAGGCGCUGGCCCAGGGGCAGAUCGCAGCCGCCGGCCUGGACGUCACCACGCCGGAGCCGCUGCCUACUGACCACCCACUGCUGUCCCUCAGGAACUGCGUGAUCCUGCCUCACAUCGGGAGCGCCACGUACGCCACGAGGAGCGCCAUGGCCGUGCUGGCAGCCAAGAACCUGCUGGCCGGGCUGCGAGGGGAGCCCAUGCCCCACGAGCUGCAGCUGUGAUGGCCAGGCCCUGAUGGCCAGGCCCUGCUCCAGCGGCGCCGUGCCCGCGUCCCCUGCCCUGUGGUGGCCAGGAGCCAUUAAAGAGUAGCAGCCAA